UUUUGUGCGUGGACGGCACUCGACAUUUCUCCGAGUCAAUGCAAUCUUAGGAAUCCUGUGGUACCUAAAGCCUACUUGGACUCGUUAUGACAUGCACAACGUCACGAAAACAAUAUCCUGACUAAAAAUAGAUAUCCGCAACCAUCACAGCUAUUUUAUAUAGUCCAAUACCGGUUCGAAAAGCCUAAGAUGAACACAAACAGAUCGCUUGGACUUAGGACAAAUUUUUCCCGCGACAAUCUCAACAGGACAGAGGGGAUGGAAUCCAUGGAAUCAGGAGUUUUACACACGGUGAAGAUCAUUAUUUAUGCUAUUAUUUUACUGCUGAGUGUCGUUGGUAAUACGAUGGUGGUCAUCGUAAUAUGUCGACAGAAGCGAAUGCUAACCCCGUCUAAUAUUCUAGUGCUUAAUCUAGCCGUGUGCGAUAUUCUUACACCUUUGACGAGUAUACCGUUCGACUUGGCAUACGAAGAGAACGGUUACGUGUGGCCUUACGGGGCAGCGCUUUGCAAGGCGCUGUGGCCCACCGCUACCCUAUCGGCGACGUCUGCUUCGCUUACUCUGACGGUGCUGUCGCUAGACCGCUACCGAGUCAUUAUGCACCCCUUCCAAGAACGGCUGACAAGGACGCAGAUAAAGAUACUAAUCUUGUUCAGUCACUCGCUAUCUUUAGCGCUUGUCAUCCCCUACGCUCGCGUGCUCGAGCUGGACCCUGCUCUAAAUGACUGCAUGGAGAACUGGAGUGAUUUCUCACAAAGGCAAGCAUACACUAUGGUUCUCUUUCUGGUACAGUACGGGCUCCCUUUGCCGUUCAUGAUAAUCAUGUACACGCUGGCUCUGAAGAACCUCUACUCGACGACUGACAAGGCAAUGGGAAUGGUGAAUCUACUGACAGAAAGGAAAAACGCCGGUUUUACUGACGUGUUCUUAGUGCGACAAAACGUGAGAAGAGACAACAUGCAGAACCUCAAGGCAACCAAGAUGUUCGUCACAGUGGUGUCGGUGUUCGCAGUUUGCAUGCUACCUAACCAAGUGCUGUGGCUGUGGUCAGAUUACGGUCGGGGUUACGAACACGAGAGCUUCAACACGGCUGCUAUAGUAUGUAGAUUCUUCACGUACGCUAACAGCGUCUGCAACGCGCUCAUCUAUUCAUUUUAUUCCAAGGAAUUCAGGCGAGGGUACAGGAAGAUAUUCAGGGCGUUCAACUUAAGGGUUUUAGGGAGAACUAUAUCACUCAAACGGAGGCCAUCCAAUCAACAAGCGUUGUACAAGAUUCCGCGGUUUGAGAUUACGAGAACCAGUGUCCGCAGUAGGGAAACAAGGGCCAUGAGUUUGUUUACGACUAACACGACCAUGAGCCAGGGGAGUCCGGACUCCGGAAUCGAAACGGUCGAGUCGUUCGCGUCUAAAUCAUGUGACCUUGGGGAUACACCGCAGCGCAAGGAGUCGCCAUCGCAGCGCAAGCAGUCGCAGCAAUUCCUUCAAAUUCCUACAAAACGCACGCUCUCACAUGGUUCUAACAAAUUUAGUGAGAGACGCGCGGUGGCGACGGCGCAAGUGACUCUUUCAUCGACAGUUGAAGGGCUUCUUGUGGCCUUGCGGCGGCCAAUGAACGGGCAGGCUCCGUGCUGUCAAGAAACCAUCAGGGAGUUUAUAGAGAACCUCAGGGAAACAAGACUAUGAGGUGAAUAAAUAGUAGUGCGGGUACUAACGAAUGAGGAUAUCUCAACGACAAUCUCAAGAAAAUAAGUCAACAAAAGACAAAUAGUGCGUGUACUAACGAAUGAGGAUAUCUCAAUGACAAUCUCAAGAAAAUAAGUAAACAAAAGACAAAAUUUUUGUAUCGACGAAUGAGGGAAGUUCAACGACAAUCUCAUGGAAAUAAGUCUAUAUAAAACAAAUUGAAGUGCGUGCAUUGACCAAUAAUGAGAUUAUAGAAUAUCUCACGCAAUCAAUACCCCAAGUGUAUUGACGAAUACAAGAGAUUAUGGAGAACCAAAGGAAAACAAGACUAUAAGACAAUUGAAAGCAGGUUUUUUUUGUA